AUGAUCCAUGACAGCGAUACCUUGAAACGAAGUCCGGAUAAAUACGUUCUUCCGCCGACAAGUCCCUCAAUCGGCUCGACUAUCCUCGAUGACCGCGAUGUGCUGGUGGCCACGGCAGGUCGGAGAAGCUCCAACAAGGCCAAUGAGGCAACGAAGGAGCGCAAUACCAGCGUAAUUGCAGCUGCGGCUCAUGCGGCAGUACCUACUUGGGCGAACAUGGUCCUGAUGUCUUCGCUCAUCUUCGGAGGGUGCUGUGCGAAUGUAUUUGCUCUGGAAGCCAUUAUUAAAGAACAACCCACCGCCGGCCCAUUGAUUACCUUCGCCCAGUUCGUACUAUGUGCCGUCUUCACGUUGCCGCAUUUCCUUUCCUUCUCCGCGGGGCCUUGUGCGUUGUUUCUGAGUCCUCGGGCCAUCCCGCUUCGCGCAUGGCUGAUCUAUACCGGGUUCUUUGUGACUGUCAAUGUUUUGAAUAAUUGGGCCUUUGCCUACAAGAUUUCUGUGCCUCUUCAUAUCAUCUUACGGUCUGGUGGUCCAGUGGCUUCAAUGAUAGUAGGAUAUAUCACCAAUGGACGUCGAUAUUCCCGUGGCCAGAUCCUUGCCGUGGCGAUGUUGACGGCCGGCGUGGUGGCUGCAGCGUUGGCUGAUGCGCAGGCAAAAGGUCAGCCCAUCGAGAUUGGAUCUGGAGAAGAUGUAGCGAUGAUGACCACGGCAACUGGGUUUACCAUUCUUGCCUUAGCCAUGAUCCUGUCUGCCUUUCAGGGCAUCUACGCUGACCGACUAUAUGCAACCUACGGGCGAGAUCACUGGAAGGAGGCGCUGUUCUAUUCGCAUUCUCUUUCUCUGCCUUUGUUCUUGACCAAUUACCCGCAGAUGUUAUCGCAAUGGCGAGUGGUGUCAAAUACACCACCGCUACUCUCGCUGGUCAUUCCUGAAACUGGAUUUGUUGCACAUUCUGCUGCAGCUUCUUCUUCUGGUCUUUCAUUCAGUGCUGUAAGCAGCACUGUCCUCUCGAUAUCAACCGUCGCUCAACAGAGCAUCGCCAUUAAGUCCAUCCUUGGCAAGAUCCCCAUCCAGGUAGCUUAUCUGUUGAUGAAUGCGCUCACGCAAUACGUCUGCAUUCGAGGAGUCCAUCUACUAUCGGCCAAGUCCUCGUCCUUGACGGUCACGGUUGUCUUAAACAUUCGCAAACUUGUUUCCCUGUUGCUGUCAAUCUAUUUGUUUGGCAAUCAUCUAUCGCCAGGGGUUCUUGUUGGGGCAGUCCUCGUCUUUAUUGGUGGGGGUCUAUAUGGGUUUGAGGGCGCACGUUUGAGAAGGAGCAGCAAGAAGAAAAAGGCUCAGUGA